GUGCAUACCACUGCUCCUCAUCUACCCGCUUAUCCUUUUACUUCCUCCAGCCCUCCCUCUGACCCACUUUCUAUCCACAUACCGCCAUCUCUAUCUCUACCACGCCUAUCUAACCACUGCCGACAUACACCGACGACCCACUGGCAUGCUCAACAUCUAACCCUUCACCCUCUGCAUAUUUCAUUCUAUACACACCAUUUCUCCACCAUGGCAGUCCGCGAAAAGGUCAAAGGCUUGUUCAAAAGCAAGUCCCAAUCAGAUCGCGAUUCGCAACUCUCCAAGACUUCAACCCAAGCCUCAGACAGGGAGAGAUGGCCAAGCAACGUCUACAAACCGGGAGAGCCCAUGCCGCGCCCAAAGUACCGCGCGCCUCCGAAGAAGGAACACAAGGAGAGGCUCGAGGCAUUCAGUUUCACAGAAGCCUGGAGGAGGAAGAGUUUCCAGUCUCAAUAUAGUCCCAUGGGCACGCGAGCUCCCAGCAGAAACAACAGUACACGACAGCCAAGCAGGCGAAGCAGUUGGAUCAGUCUCGGCAGAAAGAGCAGCGAUGGCCGCACCAACAGCUUCACCAGUGCGGACACUGAAAAGAGCAACGUACGACAGAGAGAGCACAUGGGCGUAGCGCAGCCGCCCAAAUUAUGGACAGAAGCAGAAAACAGCGAGGGUGACGAUGAUGUCAACAAUGUUGGAAUGUCUCGCGUGGCUUCAAAAGAUCGCAACCAUCCUGUCGUUUCUCGCCCGCGAACAGCAGACGGACCCACCGAUCUUGUGCUUCCACACAUGAAUGCCAUUUCUAAGACCAUCACAGCGCGUGACCAUCAGCCAUUUACAGAAGAACAAUUAGCAUUGGCAAUCAACAGGUCGCAUUCAGUGGUCCCGGCGCAUGCUUGACACGCAGUCUCUAUGCUUAAGAAGGGCAUCAAUCUCCUAAGGGUGCAUACGAAAUGGCGCGACGGCGAUAGUAUAUUGUGAGCAUUUACACGCGCGGAGUUGAAAGGGAAAUCUGGACAUGUGCAUAUGGAGAGUUUGAGACGCAGUCAUAUCAUGAUUACGAGCGUUAGGUUCCUGACUUCUUUACCAGCACAGAUUAGCCUAUAUUUGUAUACAUUUCUUCUUGCGG